AUGGCAGUUACGCCUUUUGGUAAUACAUCAGCUACUCAAUGGGGAAUUCGUCCCCAGCUUCUCGCCAGAUCCACCACCAUGGCCAAGUUUGCAUCUGCAACCCACAAUGCUACAAGCAGGGUAAACUUUAUGGCUGCCCCAAGCUCAACCUUUUUUGCUCGGGAUUCCUUGCGUUUUGACGUUGGCUCAUAUCAAACUUUGCAUCGUCGAAGGGGAUCAAGGUUGAUAGUUAGAGCAGAGACAGAUUACUACACUGUCCUUGGGGUGUCAAGAAAUUCUACUAAAUCUGAAAUUAAGACUGCUUAUCGAAAGUUAGCCCGGAAUUAUCAUCCAGAUGUGAACAAGGACCCCGGUGCAGAAGACAAAUUUAAGGAAAUUAGUAAUGCAUAUGAGGUCUUAUCAGAUGAUGAGAAACGAUCCAUAUAUGACAAAUAUGGAGAGGCAGGGCUUAAGGGUUCAGGAAUGGGCGGCAUGGGGGAUUUCAGCAAUCCUUUUGAUCUGUUUGAGACUCUAUUUGAGGGCAUGGGUAGUGGUGGCAUGGGCAGCAGAGGUUCUUGGAAUGGAGCAGCUGAUGGCGAGGAUGAGUAUUACAGUCUUGUUUUGAAUUUCAAAGAAGCUAUUUUCGGAGUGGAAAAGGAGAUAGAGAUAAGGCGACUUGAGAAUUGUGGAACUUGCGAUGGUUCAGGGGCUAAACCAGGGACUAAAUCAUCCAGAUGUAACACUUGUGGUGGUCAAGGUCGCGUUGUCACACAGACGAGGACUCCGUUAGGUAUCUUUCAGCAGGCUAUGGCUUGCUCAUCUUGCAAUGGGACCGGAGAAACUCGAACACCUUGCGGUACAUGUUCUGGGGAUGGUCGGGUGAGGAAAACAAAGCGGAUAAGUCUCAAGGUUCCGCCUGGUGUGGAUUCUGGUAGCCGUUUAAGGGUCCGAAACGAAGGCAACACUGGAAGGCGCGGUGGUUCUCCCGGUGACCUCUUUGUUGUUCUUGAAGUUAUCCCAGAUCCCGUGCUCAAACGAGAAGACACCAACAUUUUAUACUCAUGUAAAGUGUCCUACAUUGAUGCAAUCUUGGGGACUACACUUAAGGUUCCAACUGUAGAUGGCAUGGUGGAUUUAAAAAUCCCCUCUGGGACACAACCAGGGUCGACACUCGUUAUGGCUAAGAAAGGUGUUCCAGUGCUGAACAAAAAGAACAUGAGGGGUGAUCAAUUGGUUCGAGUGCAAGUUGAGAUUCCAAAGAAACUGAGCAGCGAUGAGAGAAAACUUAUCGAAGAACUCUCAGAGUUAAGCAAAGGCAAGACCGCGGCCGGUAGGAGAUGA